CGUACCCUUCUAGCGAUACGCUGCAGUUUCUAACAUCUCUAACUUUAAUGGAGCAGCUCAAGGAGAGUGAAAUGAGAAUGUGAAACGAACGCACUGGAAAGCAGGCGCACUACGUUUUGUCGAGUCACCGCGAGUGCACUGCUGCUGUUUUGUGCGCAACCAGCGGUAGUUUUGGAAACAUGAGCUCAUCAAAGAGCGAGGCGAUUAAGAGGGACUUCUCCUCUCUGCCCGAUCCGACCAGAGGAUCCACGGUAGAUUAUCUAAAAACUGUUGCUGACCUAGUGUCCAAAUAUCGCAAGGAAAAGAUAACACUGAAGAAGGUCGAGAAAUACAAGUUUAUUAUUGGUAACGUGGAAGACACGGCCUAUGGAGAUGAUACUGACGAAGCUGAGGAGUGGGAGCAGUUCUACUUGCCAGAUCACGUGAAGAUGGAGGUUAUCGGCGCGCUGGAACAUUUUCCAUGUAACGGAGAAAGCGCGCAGCUGGUCCUCAUGGUAUGCGAGGACGGAAAGGUCUAUGGAUAUGAAGAAGAGUAUCUGCAUCUGGUUGCCGAUAGUCCUAAAGACCUCUUUGACUCAGGAGUCCAGUUUCCCGGCAAAAAGUCCUUUUACCGUGGGCAGAGCUUUGAGAAUAUGACAAAAGCUGAUUGGAAUGAAGUGAAGCAGUCGCCUGAAAUGCAGGAGAUGUAUGAAGAACACAAACGGCUCGUGCAGUCUUAUAAACAUUCCUAUCUGAGUAAUCUGCGAGGUGCUGCUGGGAGCGAUCACGGCCAGGACAUGACGGCUAAGCCAGUCCCUGUUCCUGUGCGUGACUGAGAGAAUAUGACUUCAUGAAGCAGGAUGGCUGGAUGCACAUUUGAUUGAGAGACCAGAAGUGGACAUGUUUUGAUUCAGUGAUAGAAAUGUGUUUAAUGCUUUUAGAGAAUUAACUUGCUUAAAGUACAUUUUCAUGACUUAGUGUACAAAUCUAUUUCAGAUGCAUUUUUGAUGAACGAUGAACGAGUCUGUUCAGUAUUAUUCCAGACUGUGUGUGUGUGUGAUGCAUGUGUCUGUGUGUGUGCACACAGACUCUGCAAAUUAAACAAAGACUGAAUAAUUUUC